CAAUGGCAAUCGGGCGAUCAACAACUUGUGAGGAGUUGAUUAAAUCGUCAAUCGUCAUAUUGUUAUCACUGUCAGUGUCAGUCUUCAGAACAAGUCGCGUCGCGGUGUGCUGGGAACGUGUAAAUUGUUGUGAUUGUCUGUGAUUGUGAUUUAUAUAUACCUAAGCGUUAUCGUAAAAUGCAAGUGUCAAAGAUAUGGGAGCCAGUAGUGCUCGGCGAGGGACCGCACUGGGAUGAGAAACAACGCUGUCUCUUCUUUGUGAGCAUCAAUGAGAGCACCCUGCAUAAAUAUGUACCAGCCACCGGGGAGCAGGCUAAGACUAAAGUUGAAGGCGGCAGAGUUGGUUUUAUAGUGCCGGUUGAAGGAACAACAGACCAGUUUGUGGUCGGAGUUGAAAGAACUUUUCAGAUUGUUAAAUGGGACGGAAGUAACGGUGGCAAGGUGGAAGUUGUAAAGGUGAUAGGUGAGGUUGACCAGGGUGUCACUUCACCAACCAGGAUUAAUGAUGGCAAGGCCGAUCCGAGGGGAAGAUUAUUUGCCGGUACAAUGGAUUUAGAAUAUGCCAGUAGUCCUGAUCGAAACGGAUCAUUUUAUUGUAUAGACAACAAUAAAAUUGUGAAAUUAUGUGGAAACAUUCAGAUCUCUAACGGUCUGGCCUGGGACCUGAGGGAGAAGGCCAUGUACUACACAGACUCCACCGAAAGGAAGAUAAGAAGAUACGACUAUGAUGUUGACACCGGAGACAUUUCAAACAAGGAAUAUAUUUUCGAUUUCGAAAAGAACUCCAUCGAAGGUUUUCCUGAUGGAACUACCAUCGACUCUGAGGGAAACUUAUGGGUCGCAGUGUUUAACGGAUCUUGUGUUAUUAAAAUAGACCCCAGAAACGGAAAGUUGCUCCAGAAAAUACCAAUUCCGGCAAAGAAAGUGACAUCUGUCAUCUUUGGUGGAGAUAAUUAUGAUGUGUUGUUUGUUACAUCGGCGAGUUUCGAAGUGGAGGGACCUCAAUGUGGAUGUACCUUCAUGAUUACAGGCUUGGGUGUUAAAGGUCUCCCCGGAUACAACUACAAACUUGUAUAAUUUAUGAAAAUAAGAAAACAUAUUGAAGUCAAGACUGAUCUUAUUGAAUAAAUGGUGUUAGAUGAA